AUGUAUGCAAGCAGCGGAGCUCCCAGUGCGGCCGGCAGCGUGUACUCUAAGCGAUUUAGGCUCGGGGCCAACCAGAUCAAUGGCGGUCUGGGCCGCGGGGGCGAUGACCUGGACGCAAGCCGCCGACCCAGUUUCGAAAAUGCCGUGUUCGGCGUCCUGUUCACCCUCAGGCAAGUCCGAGCAAAUUUCUUAGGGUUUCUACACAUGGAUUUGGGUCUGCGGGCUCGUUUCCCCCAAUCCCCCAAUUCCCCCCCCCAUCACCCGCACCCCCCAUGCAGCAAGGAGAACAGCGAGACCCGCAUCGUGAUCCGCUGGGUGCUGUUGAAGAUCCUUCUGGACGGCUGGCAGGUCUUCACCACCGUCAUACAGCCGGCGCAGGGCUGGACUAUCGACGACAGGGGGACGCCGUGGCGCAUCGUCAGUGUCCUGGGCUUCGGCUGGGUGGCGGACCUGGGCUAUGGCGCGUACGUGGCGCUGUUGUACGGCAUGGUGGCUCUCCUUGCUGCCAACAUCGGGCUGUGCGUGUGGGUCGCCUGGUGCUUCAAGGAGCAGAAGUUCCCCGUCGUGUGGCCCAUCAAGGUACUGCGCUUCUUCACCAGCGUCUUCUUCCAGGCCUUCGACAUCGCCUCGCUCAACCUGCUUCAGCCUCGGUCACGUGGCGGGGUCGGCAUCACCUGCCGGCUCAAUGGGCCCCAGAAGCCGCACAAGUACCUGGCACUGUUUCCGUCGUACAGUUGUGCCGCAAUGCCCCACGUGGUCCAUGCGGUGGUGUCCGGAGUCAGCCUUUUGGUGUUUGUCACGCUGGCCCUCCUAACGAACAUGGCCGAGGUUGAAGUCAACCCCAAGAGCCGGCGGCCCAUGGCUCUCGGGCACAGCGGUGCGGAGGUGUCUGCAUUUGCACUCAAGGUCCUCAUGACCCUGGUAGACGUGUUCCUGGGCUGGCCCAAGGUGGCGGCAUGUGUGUAUUUGGCGCUGUCGCUGGCUAUGACGUUUCAGUAUAUGCGAUGGAGUCCCAGCCUGGUUGGGUGGGUGAACCACCUCAAGGCCGCCUGCUCCAUCGCCAUCGUGUGGUGCUCCAUCUGCCUAAUGCUGCUGGUGUUUCACCCCGGGGUGAAGAUGGCGGAGAAGGGGGAUGCGUUCAGACGAGCCAUGACCAUCAUUAUGCUGGCGGGCAUAGGGCCCGCGCUGUUGGGGGGUUUUGCGGCGUCCGUACUGCUCAUGAGGAGGGCGGCGGCGCAGUCGGUGGCAGCCAUUAGUACGGCGGCUGCAAAGAACGCCCCCCUGCAGGACAUUGUGGUGGAUCUGUGGACCGACCCACGGGACGUGGAGAUUGCCGUGAGAUGCUGCCGGGUAUGGGUGGAUCGCAAUGUCCUGGAUAAGGAUGCGGUGGCGAGGGCGCAGCUGUACCUCAAGGCGGGCUUGGCUCUCUUCCCUGGGAAUGCCUUCGUGGUGUUGCUCCAAGCCAACUUCAUGAUUGAGGUGCUGGGGGUGGCGCAGAGCGGUAUGCGCCAAGUGGAGGCUGCCCGGAAACUCAAGCCGGGCAUCAUGAGCCGGUUCAUCAUCUUCGUGCGCAUGCAGCAGGCCCAACAGAAGGCGGCCGGCACCAAUGCCGGCGGAGUGGUGGGGUCAAAUAUGGACCUGCUAGGGUUUGUGGAAUAUCAGCGCAAGCAGCGCAUGGUUGUACGGCUCCAUCGGGAAGCGUUAACUGCCAUGUGUAACUUCUGGAAAGCCCUUGAUGCGCACAACGUGUCGUUCACGUACCUCAGCAAGGCGCUUGCAGCGAUUGAGGUUUCGGUAACACGGGCGCAAACGGCGUAUCACUUGGUGCUCGAGACGUACGGCAGCAACUACCGACUUGUACGGCUGUACGGCAAGUUUUUGGAGACGGUUAAGAAUGAUCCGUGGGGCGCGUUGGAGUACUACACGGAGGCUGAUCGGUUGGAGCAGGAGAAGAAUGACGACGGGGCGGGGCCGCUGCUGCCGGACGGCACGCCUCUUAGCCGAAUGGACGAGCUAGCCACUGCCGUACUGCUGAUCUCCUCCGUGGGAGAGAUCCAGAUGGCCAACAAGCAGGUCCACCAUUUGUUCGGGUACAAGAAGGCUGCAGGCGAGCUGGACGGCAAGCUGAUCAAUGUCCUUCUUGCCCCUCAGAGCAACAAGCGCAUGAUCCAGUGCCUGGUCUCGCUGGUGGAGCAGAGCAUGACGGGGCUGGGGCAGGUGGCGGCGGAGGGACCCCAGACCUCCACCAUGGCUGCCGUACUGGGUAUGCACCACGAGAGGAUGGCAUUCCCCUUGCGGGUGUCCAUUACUAAGGCGACAGGUAUGGGAGAGGACUCCACCUUCAUCGCCCUAUUGGAGCCCGUACAUGUGUCCAAGGAUGCGUCGUACUUUUGGGUGGCCCCCAACGGUGUCAUUGCGGGCUGUGACCCGCAGUUUGUGGCCAACUUUGGGUACCUGCCCCAUGACGUCAUCGGCUCCCACUUGGGCGACUUCCUGGUGUGUGCCGGGGACCUGCAGGCGCUCCGGAACCACAUCGCCUCUGUGUCCAUGGCCUCAGCUAUUGAUCGCUGGGAUCUUGAGGACCAGGAGGAGGAGGAGGGCGCCGGCAACACCGCACGACGACAGCAACAGCAGCAGCAGCCAGUGGGGGAGUCGGUGAACAUAUUGCACAACAUCCUAGCCCACACUGACCGAGGCGGUGCGGCGCCUUGUCACGUGUCCCACCGCUUCGGCCACCCGCUGGCGUGCGAGGCGGCGGGGAGGAAGCUUGAUCUGGGCGAUGCCGUACUGUACGAAGUCCGUAUCUGCCGUGCAUGUCCGGACCCGUUCCUCAUGCUCGUGACCGACCGCAAGGGCGCCAUCAAGUUCGCCUCUCCCCAGCUGACCUCCAUACUGUGCCCUAGAGGCUCCAACGCUCCCGGUGGCCAGCUGAGCGACGGCGACGCGUUCAAGGACCGCACAGACUCGCACCACAAGGGCUCGGGGCAUGGACUGGCAAUUUUGUCCGGUGUUGCUGCAGUCCACGGGCUGAUUGGCGGCUACAGCCUCCGCGACUUCCUACCUCAUCCUUGGAAGGACAUCCACACCAAGUUGCUCAAGGACACCUCCUCCUCCUCCUCCCCUCCGGGCGCCUCCUCCCGCAACUUGUGGAGCUGCACCCGCCCUGUGGGCAAGGGCACCAGCAUGGAGCUGCAUGACGCACAUGGCACCCGUUUCUUCAUGCACGUGGCGGUGAGCAGUGCGGAGGUGGUGGGCGAGCACCUCCACAUCGCCAGGAUGGCGCAUUCCAACCAGGAGAUAGCAACUUCGGAGCGGCGCCUUCGUCUGCAAGUCAACUCCGAGGGCCUUAUCACGGGAGUGCUGGGUCGGGCCCUAUGGGAGGUUGUUGACGGAGUGGAGCAGCAACUGCUGAUGCGGCCCGGCUCCUCCCUGGGGAGAGUGACAGGCCCGGGGCAGGGCAAUGCGGCGGCGUUCUCAGCCUUACUUGAAAAGGUUAUCCAUGCUCCAGGCCGUUCGUACCGGGUCGCUGUCGUACCGCCGACGCCCGCAUCCGGCAUCGGCUCCGCCGUCUCCCGCGCGAACGCCGAGCUGGCGGCCGCGCAACGGGCCGCCCAGGUCCGAGCGGCCGUGAUGACGAUCCAUAUCCCGCUGCUGUCGGACGACGAGAGUGAAGGCCCCGACGGGUUACCUGGCGGCGGCAGCUCCGCCGGCGACGGCGGCGAGUCCGGAUUCGCCACCCCCAGCCCGCAGAUCGGCGGCAGCGGUGACGGCACCCCUGCCGGCGGCGGCGCCGCCGCCGUGGCCGCUACUUCGCGCGACUCCGCCGUCACAGUUGACUUGUGGCCGGUUCACAGCGUCAGCGGCGUCCUGGAGCUGAACAGCUUGGGUCGCAUUACGUCUAUUUUGGAGGAGCACACGCGACCCGCGGGUCUGUUGUUCGGUGUUGCGACCAAGUCGUUGGUGGGUCAGUCGCUGACGGCGCUGGUGCCAUUGCCGCCGGGACGGGAGGAGGUGGGCGACUUGCUUUCGGCGGGCAGCCGCAGCAAGAAGAGCAGCCUCAAGCAGGCAGCCAAGGACCCGGUCGUGAAGGUGGGCCCAGUCCACAUCCUGCAGGCUAUCCACGCGGACGGCCACCCGCUUCAGCUGGCGGUGCAGGUGGUGGGGAAACCGAGGGGCGGGGAGCAGCUCACAGUGCUGAUGAGACUGCACGUUACUCCUAUGAUGCCAAACGGCGGCGGUGGAGGUGGCAAAGCCGGUAGGGGUACGGACGACGGCAGACUGCCGCUGGACUCCCCGCUGGUGCUGCCGGCAGCGACAGCGAGGAUGACGACAGCGACGGCGGCAGCGGCAGCCAAGGUCCCGGCGCCCAAGGCGCCCGUGCCGAAGCCCCCUGAUAAGGCCCAAGAGAAGAGUACGGCAGCGGAGCGGCUUCUUGCGAGGUUGGAAUCUUGUGACACGCCGUCCAUACGGGAUAUGGAGGAGUUUGUAACGGGCCGGUCCAUGAAUGCGCGUACGGCAAGCACAUCCGCCGCGGCUGCUGCUGCCGCUGCGGUGGCGGCGGGAUCGCCGCCGGGAACAGCGUCGGCGGUGGCGGCGGGCGGGCUCUCGGCGUCGGCAUCGAAAGUCCCGGACGAGAGCAGCGGUGGCGGCGGCAAGAACAUGACGCCGCCCGGUACGGCUCAUCGCGCCGCCAGUGGGACGGCUUUAAAACCACCCCUGGACAUCCACCGCCGCCUGGGGUCUCCCCGCGCACGUCCCGCCACGCCGAGUACGCCCGUCAAGUCACCGGCUGAGCUGCUGGCCGUCGGCGGCUCGGACAGCGCCAACGGCGCUGCAUUCGGCAGCGGCGGCACAGGCAACGGGAUGGCCGGCGGCGGGCAGCCGGCCGCGUCGCUGCCGCCAAUGCCGGCGGCUCUGGCCGGUGCGGGCUUGGAGCUGCCGCUGCCCGGGGUGGUGACGACGGCGGGUGGCGGCGGCGGCGGCGGCGCUGCGGUUCGCGUCGCCUCGUCACGCCGAGAUUUGGUCCAUCGGGAGGCAGGUACCCCGAGGAUCGGGUCGACCAGCGCCGCCACUCCCGCCGUCACCCAAACAACAACGUUCACCCCCAUGGCCGAUGACGACUCGGCCAUAGAAGGCAGUGCGGCGGCGGGUUACAGCGCUAACAGCAAGGACGAGCAAAGCGACGAUCCAGAUGCCGUACAGCCCGUGUCUGCCGGCGGCGGAAAGAACAUGCAGCGCAUCCAAGAGUGGGUCAUGACGAAGGGCGAGCUCUACCAGAACGCAAAGCCCAAGCUAGAGCGCGAUGACGUAAAUCCCCUGGAUGCCGCCGCCGCCACCAAGGCACUAGACGUCGACGUUGACGACGACGACGAGGAAGGGGAAGGGGAAGAGCAGACCAGCCAAGUGACGGAGGAGCGAGCAACAACGAGCAGGUUUGCGUCGCUGCGCGCGCCGCCGCCGGCGGUACUGAGCCUCGCGGCCGGCGGCGGCGGCGGCGGCGGCGGCGGCGCCGUGCGUACCGGCUCCGCCAACAUUGCCAGUUGGGCGGCGGCGGCGGGGCUGGAGACGACCACGCGGACGCCGUCGUUCAGCAGCCCACCUGCUGUAUCCGGGCCGCCUGUGGGGCUGUUUGCGCCCCCUCAGCCCGCCUACCCGCCGCUAUCCGGCGAUUUCGACGACACCGCCAGCAACGGCGGCCAGAGCGUCAUGUCGGGCAACUCCGGUACCAGCGGUGGUGCGGAAUACAAACGCGGCAAGCGGUUCCGCAACUUGGUGAAGCUGAUGGACAGCAGCGAGGCCGAGCAGGUGCUCCGGCGGUUUCGUGUGGGGGCGCUGCUGACCAUGGCGGUGCUGGCGGCGGCACACACGGUGUGUUUUUCGUUUGUGGUGGUCAGCAUCAAGGGCCAGCAGCAAUCCAUGGGGCAGCUGGUCACGGCGGGUCGCUCCCAGCGCUACCUGCACCAGGUGCUGGUCAGCCUCCGCGCCAUGGACCAGAUUCUCAAGGGCAAGACAUCGACAGCCUUUGAAUUGUACAACAACACAUCCGUGGAUACCUUGGCACAAAAGGUGUUUGACUCGGCCAUGCAAGUGAAGGUCUGGUCAAAGGUCAACGCAACCACAAACGAGGACGUGUACGUCAACAUGACGUUGUGGGACCUGGCCACCAAGGUGUAUACGAGCAGCAAGGACGUGUAUCAGAACUACCGGGAGUGGAACCGAACCCAGGUCAACAUCUCCACUACGCCCUCGGGCCAGUUCCUGCUCAAGAGCGGGCCGGAGCUGUUCAACGGCUUCAGGAAGAUUUUGGACGACCUGCUUUACAUUGCGAUGCGCAACACCAGCCAGGUGAAUAACCUGUUGUUGGCUUUCCUCGUGGCUGAGGGCUGCGGAGUGUCGGUGAUGGCAGCUGCAAUGCUGGCGUACUUGCUGAGGAAGCUGGCAUUACAGCGGUACACGCUGUACGGCACAUUUUUGGUGAUUCCCGUGGGCCUUACUCGCGCGCUGUCGUCUCAGCUGGCCAACACCACGUUGCUGGAGGAGGAGGAGGAGGACGAGGAGGAGGACGACGGACCGCACGGCGAUGACGACCACGACAAGUCGGGGAUUUCGGACGUCGAGACGAACGGCGGCAACGAUAACCGAAACCACGGCGGCAACGAUAACCGAAAUCACGGUUUGCCCAGCGGCAGCAUGCGCAAUCGCCACGCCACGCUAGCGCCCUCGGCCACGAUAAACAGCCGCCGGCGGCCCAGCUUCCAGGCUGCCGUACUGGCGGCGUACGCCAAGGCCGCCGCCUCGGGCGAGACGCAACACGCCGCCAGGCUGCCGGCGGCGGCGGCGGCGGCUGUCCCCGGGGGCCGCUCGUUCAGCCGUGUGAAUUCCAUCCAGCACAGGGCCCUGGUGCUGCGAUCUUCUUGGGGUCGCUUUCGUGAGGGGCUUAUGUCCCGACUUUACCAGUGCCUGCCUUGCCUGGCAAGAAGGUCUCAGACGGUGUUCCCCACCUCCCACGGCCCGGGUGCCGCUGCCGUGGAGCACCACCACAAGCGGCACCUGAAGCUGGACUCCAACGACACCACGAGGCUGCUGAUGCCCUUCGUGCUGUGGUCCUGUCUGGUGGUGACGUUCUACGCGGUGUCGGUGGCGGAGCUCAAGCAAUCCAAGCCGCUGGUGGCCGUCGCCAGCGUCAGCAACUUCAACACCGCCCGUACCUACCGGUCCUGUUUCUUUGCCCAGGAAUUGGCUGCGGAGGAGGACCCGACCAAGUUGCCUGCCCGUCGGGCGGUUUUGAAGAAAGCGGCGACCAUGUUGAGGGACGCAUUUUACACUUUGAAGUUGGGCUCGGAGGCCUGGAGGACCCUGGGACCCAACACGGAGCGCUUCCCGCUGGUGACUCUGGGUAUGUCGUACGAGAACCGUGCCCUCCGUGAGCUCUUCUACACGAACACGGGCUGUCUGCGCUCCCCGCCCAACCUGCCCUGCCCGGGCCCGGAGUACAGAUGGUAUCAGCUGACCCACUCUGGUGUGGACAGCAUCAUGCAGGUGUACCUGAACCACCUGUUCGCGAUGGCGGAGGAGGUGGUGGAUGUGAAGCCCGGCCUGGACAACCCGCACCUGGACUUCAUCUAUAACGUGGGAACUAAGGACCUAACGGACGCCAACAUCCGAAUCGGUGUCGCCCACUUCGACCACAUUGAGAACCUGUUCUCAAACAUUCUGUUGCUCCACAUCCUGCUCUUUGUGCUGCUGUGGUUCUUCCUGGCCGGGUUCUUCGUGCUGCUGCUGAAGCCGCUCCUGGUUAGAUUGGCCCGGGAGAAGCGCCAUAUAGCCGAGCUGCUGAGUCAGCUUCCCCUGGAGCUGGAUGUUGAGAAGAUGGUCCGGGUGGCGCUGGCGGGGAGCACGGGGGGCCCCGCGGCAGCGGCGGCGGCGGCGGCGGCGGCGGAGGGGGGCAGUGGGGGUGAGGCGCAUGCAGGCGCAGCUAACGUGGCGCAGCAGCAGCAGCUGGCCUCGGAUGCAGCUCGCGCCUGGAAGAACGUGCUGCGCACCACAUCCAACGCGAUCAGCCAGGAGAGGGAGCGCAGGAACAGCUUGAUGAUCUCCAACAAAAUGCUGCAAUAG